GCUUUUUCAUUUGCAUUUGCGGUGUUCUCUGUUUUGAUUAGUCGACUUUUUUUUUUUACAGAUUUUGUUGUCGCUAAUAUAGUCUAAAGAAAUAAAAUUAAGUUAAGAUUGUAAUUUAGACUUUUUUGCUGGAGAUUUCAAUAUAUUUAAGUUGGAAUAGCAAUUAUGAAAAAUAAAGAAAUAAUCAAAGAGCGAAAGCGUGGAAUAAAUGCAGCGAAUAGGGAAAAUAUGAAAGUAAAUUCUAAGAAACAUUGCCAACUUCAUAUUGGAAAUAGUGAGAUCAACACAAUGCAAGAAAUGGAUCACUCAAUAAAAGCAUGGACUCAGGCGGAAGAAACGUCGCUUAUCUCUUUUCUAAAAGAAAAUAUCCACUUUGAGAAACCAACAGCUCAAGUAUUUUAUGAGAAUUUUCUUCACAGUAGUGCAGUUCUUACUGAUUGGAAGAUGGUUCGAUCAAAGGUGUUGCGCAUGCAAACGACCUAUAAUAACACUAAAGAUUGGUUAAGUACAGUAGGAGGUACUAUGACAAAUAACGAUACAGUUGAAAAUGCCAUACGUAAUAUGUGCCCAUUUUAUUACGAUUUUGAUAAAAUUUUUGGUUCAAAUAUUUUUAAUUCAUCUGCAAUAUUGGACAACAGUGAAAUUGAUAAGGAUGAUGGAUGUUUUAACAUAGUCAAUACUGAAAAUGAAGAAAUUGAAAAUAUUAAUGAAACUCCACCCAUUAAAGAUUUGGGUAGCAAAGUUUCAAAUCCAAUGUGCAGUGAAGUUUGCUUUCGUUUAGCUGUUUCCGAAGUUGUACAGAGUCAAGCAGAAAUUUUGAAAUUAAAAGAAGAGAAAAUGGAUGCCGAAGCUAAUUUUAAAGAGAAACAAAUAGAACUACUUCUAAGACAGGUUAUAGUGAAAGAAAACCAAUUAGAUUUUAAGGAAAAGGAGCUACAAAGUCAUGAACGUGUGAAAAAGUUGGAGUUGGAAAUGUAUGAACGAAUAGCGAUGAAAGAACUCGAACUCAAGUAUAAGAAUUAAUAAGUAUUUAAUUAAGUUUUAUUCAAAAAAAUUUUUAAAAUAAAAAAAAUUUAUAAACGAU